AGGGGCUUUCAGCGCUUUCAAGAGGUAAUGCGCUACGACCCCACCGAUGCAGAAGAUAUCGGAGAUGCAAUAGACAUGCUCGCACCGCACAUCCACAAUCGCUUGGCCUUCUGCAACGAAUCCGAUUUAGAGACGUACCGUCAGAUUUGCGACUUGGAGGAGCGCGUAGAACAGCUCUGCGCGACUCUUGAUGACCGAGAGGACGUCUACGAGGCCAUCAAGUCUAGCAACAUCUUGUCCUCCAUGUACGAAGCUGGACAAAAGGUGCGCAAGCAGCUUAACGAGGGUGUGGAGAUGCUGUUGGGCUGCCAUGAGGCGUACGACACCUACUUGCCAACCGGCGAUCCAAUACCUCUCAGCUCAGUCUCAACACCCUACGACGGCCCGGCACAAGAUUGCAGCAUAUGUUUCGAUUCAAUUGGACGUCACAACGGCAGAGUGAUCGGAUGUAACCACGCGUUCCACCAAGACUGUCUCCAAGCCCUGAUAGAUAAUGUCACCGAAUCGAGCAACAAAUGCCCACAGUGUCGACAUAUCAUAUGCGAACGCCGAGCUCGAGUUCCAGGUCCCGAUGAGCAUCACUUCAAUCAACGCCUAGCCCUUGAAGCUAUGCACACAAUCUACUACGCUCGACUAGAUUUAACCACGCUUCGGUCACUGUAUAACUCUAUUUUCGCGGAAGCACCCCCCUGGGACUGGCUAAUUCCGGACGAUGCGUGGGAGGAUUGGCCUCACGGUGAAUUGGACUCUGAUGAUGAGGGGGGCGAACAGGGGGACGACGAGGGUAGCGACGAGGACGACGAGGGUGACCAGGAUGACGAUGAUGACGAGACAAGUUCCACCGGUUCAAGGGGGACUUUUAGCGACUCCGACGUCGAAAUGGAGGACGCUUUCUGAAGGACUUUGCCCUACGCGUAGCUGUAAGAUAGUCAAA